AUGGACCUCUUCGGCGGCGCGAAGAAGAAGCGCCGGCGCGGCGGCGCGCGCGACGUCGGCGGUGGGUCGGCGGCGGCGGCGGGCGGCGCUUCGGCGGCGGGCGGCGGCUGCGGCGGCGGCGCCGUCGACUUCGCGGACCUGGGCCUGGCGCCCUGGGUCGUGGCGUCCUGCGGAGCCCUGGGCAUGGCGGUGCCGUCGGCGAUCCAGCGCGGCGCGAUCCCCGCGACGCUCCGCGGCGACCACGUGCUCGGCGUCGCGGAGACGGGCAGCGGGAAGACGGCCGCGUUCGCGCUCCCGAUCCUCGACGCGCUCUUCCGCGACCCCUUCGGCGUCUUCGCGCUGUGCGUCGCGCCGUCGCGCGAGCUCGCCGCGCAGCUCGCGGACCAGUUCGCCGUCUUCGGCGCGCGGCAGCGCGUCCGCGUCGCCUGCGUCACGGGCGGCGUCGACGGCGUCGCGCAGGGCCUCGAGCUCGCGAGCGGCCGGCCGCACGUCGUCGUCGGCACGCCCGGCCGCCUCGCGGAGGUCUGCGAGCGGUGCGAGGUCGCGGCGACGCUGCGCUGCGCGGCGUUCCUCGUGCUCGACGAGGCGGACCGGCUCCUGUCGCCGUCGCUCGGCCCGGACGUCGGCCGCGUCGACGCUGCGGUCCGCGGCGCCGCGCGGCGGCCGGGCGCGCGGCGCGACCUGCUCUACAGCGCGACGCGGUCCGAGGCGCUCGACGCGCGCGCGGCGGCGCUGGGGGCGACGGUCGUCGACCGCGGGUCCCCGGCGGCCGUGCCGGCGGGGCUGGACGCGGAGUACGUGCUCUGCCCGAACCGCGUCAAGUACGCGUACUUCGCGCGGCUCCUC